AUGAAGACGAUUAAGACGAUGUCGGUGGUCUUGGCAAUUGUUAGCACAUUUGUGUGCGCUGCUCCCGUGCCAGAGCCUGUUGGAAAUGCAAAUCUGAUUCGUGAAGCCCAGCCUGAUCCGAUACCAAACCCAGGCCCUCAGUGUCCUCGGCAGGCUUGCGCGUAA